UCACAAUGUUCUUUUUUUUAAACUUCGUUGGUGGUCUGCUAGCCCGAACGUCCGGAACAACAUUUCACUGUGACUUACGUGUGCACUACUGGGUAAUGUUGCAGUUUUGAAGCAACAGUUAAUCGACGAGUGUCAUAACGCAAAAAUGUGGCAAGUAACCAAAAUGUGCAACGAAAACAAAGCUUUGUGAACAACUCGUUGCGCGCGUGACAAUGGUUGUCCCGUAAACAAGAGAAUGUUGACUAUGUCUUCCCAUCAACUACCAUCCAGUGUCAGGACGUGCACAACGAUUAACACGUUAAAGUUGGUCGUGGUGAAGCUUUAUAUCGUUGUGGUGGUGUUAGGGACAGUAUGUGGUGAAGUGCCUUUAUUUUCUUCGCAAUCACGUCCAACGCGACACGGCAAUGAAACAUUAGGCUCUUCUCCAACAAAUACAACGUCCGACGUCGACUAUCAGAUUGACAACUUGGUACAUGACAGUGCGCAAAGUCCGGCCGAUGUGACGAAAGCGCGAAUUUUGAAGUCCUUCGAGAAGAGUUCGAAGUUGCAAGGCGAUUUUCGACAUUCUUCACCUUUGCAUCGAAAUUGGCCGCAAUCGGAUAGUUGUUAUAGGAGGGCGAAGUGUGAACCCUUGUUGGAUAACACUUGUUUUGGUGUUGAACUGCCCUAUGCAGAAACGAGCAUUCAACUCGUUAAUGAUUCCACCUCUCAACUUGAGAUACAGGAGCGUCUGAACCUAUGGCAAGGCCUCGAGCAAAUUCCACGUUGUUGGGCGGUAGUCCAACCCUUGCUAUGCGCCUACUACCGACCCCGUUGCCAGGACGACCAGGUGGCCCUUCCGAGCCAGGAGAUGUGUCGCCUUGCGAGAGGUUUUUGCAAGAUAGCGGCCGUCGGUUCCGAGUGGCCGCCCUUCUUGCGCUGCGAAGCGGACUUCUUCCCGUCGGGCUGCAAGAAUGAACUACGGGAAAUAAAAUUCAACACGACUGGCCAGUGUGGCACUCCGCUGGUGGCUACACCUAGCCAGAGCAGUUGGUACCAGGAGGUGGAGGGCUGCGGAGUCAGGUGCCAACACCCGCUGCUCAACGAGGAGGAACUUAGCAGCAUGCGCACCUUUGUCGUUUUUGUCACAACCUUGGCAGUCAUAGCGUCUCUCUUUGCAGUGCUCACUUUCCUGAUUGGCUGGAAGGAAGCAAGCCAGUAUCCAAACGUAAUGGUGUUCUACAUCAACUUGUGCCUCCUGUUUGUCUGCAUCGGCUGGCUGUCACAGUUUGUGCCCGGUGCCCGAGAGGCCAUCACGUGCAGGAGAGAUGGCACACUCAGGAACGGAGAACCGAGCUCUGGAGAACACCUGUCCUGCAUGGUGGUGUUCUUCCUGGUCUACUACUUCUUGAUGGCGGCCCUCUGUUGGUUUGUGAUGCUCGCCUACGCCUGGGACCAUCGCUUCCAGAGCCGAGGGGGUCCCCAGAGGGAGGCAUUGGGGGCAAAGUCUGCCUACUUUCACCUGGUCGCCUGGAGUGUGCCCUUUGUGCUCACAAUCUCCGUGCUGGCCCUCGGAGUGGUGGAUGGAGACUCUGUGAUGGGCAUCUGUUUUGUGUCAUCUCGUAACCCUGUGGUGCGUUCUGUGUUUGUGUUGUGCCCUGUAACGGCCGCAUAUCUGGCAGGCAGUUAUUUUCUUUGCAGGGAGCUUUAUAAACUGAUCACCCUGAAAUCCAGCAACGGAGGAGUGUUGAAUAAUCGGGUCCGCGCGAAGAUUCAGCGCAUGAUACUUCGGAUCGGCCUCUUUGUCUUACUGAUGACUGUUCUUGUAUCGUGCACUUUUGUCUGUCACGUGUACGAGUUUCGCAACAUUCCUGUCUGGCAAGCAACCCUGAGAGAUUACAUCGCCUGUCGAGCCAAAGUGUUGGCAGCACAAGCUGCCAUCCCAGACUCUUCUCCCCACUGCAACAUUGGCACCAAACCGAGCUUGGCCAUGCUACAGCUACACCUGAUGGCUUUUCUCGGAACUUGCGUUGGCUUGUCUUCUUGGAUCGUCACUUCUGCAACGGGCUCCACAUGGAAGCGCUUCUGGCAGAGAAGUAUACUCCGGCAGUCAUCAGAGGAGCCCACAAAAUUGCAGAGGCAUAAACUGAUUGCUGAAGCAUUUGCUCGCCGUAAUGAACUCAAUAGGGGUCAGGGAGGUCUGCACAGCACACACGACGAUCCUGUUGGAAUGAACCUGGACUUGAACAGUGUGACGUCCCAAGAUCUGUCUUCCACGUGGGCAGCCGCACUUCCGGGUUUCUUGCACAGGAGGGGAGCCGUUGCUGGUCCCAAUGUCUUGCCUGUACGGAGAUACUCUUCAACAUCUGAUGUAAGCCGCCAGAUGUCAAUGAGCAUUCGGCGCCAAUCCUUGGACUCCCAACUGAGCUAUCAGUUGACUGCCGAGCAACGGUGGCUGGCCGCCCAGAGAGCCAUCGCUCGGAAUCAGCGUCGCAAGACACGGCGGGAACGGGAACGCCUGCUUCAGCGCCAGUCUCCGUUCCCCCUCCCAUUCCGACGCGGAAGUGACUCAUCCAUCCAGAGCACUGCACUGCGUCGCUCUGCUCGACACGCCCCAGCAGCUGUGGCGAAGGCGACAAGUACGGGAGACCUCAAUCCGGGCUCGGUGCUUUCUCAGAAGCCACCAUUCCGACCCAGGGUCCUGGCAGCUCAGCAGAAGAACGGAACGCUCAUCAACCCUCCCUUCACCCACGGAAUGUCAGACCAGAGCCGGCCACGCGAAGCCUCCGUUUCUGCCGCCAAUACGACCGCGCAGGGCACAGAGGCAUCAAGCAGCGCAGCGGCUGCCGAGGCGUCGGCGAAGACCUUUCCCACGCUCAUGCCACCUUUUUCUGCCGUCCCCAAUCCGUACGCGCCCUACAUGGGCGUACCUUACGGUUACCCACCGUUCUACCCUGGCUUCCCAUAUUUCCCACCAGGGAUGUACCCGUACGGACAGGCAUUUGCCUCGUACCCGGACCUCCACCCGCAGCAUACGCCGCUGAUACCGCUUCAUCCUAUGCCAGACAGCAUGAGCGAGACGAGCUUUAUUCCCAUAAUCACGUCGGACUCUGAGUACACGGACGUGGGAAUUCGGAGCUUCGACGAAGCGCAGCUGGAGGCAGCGAGGAGGAUAGUGGAAGAACGGACGAGGAUGGUCGGCCAACCAGGCUCGAGGCCGCAAACCAAUCAGGAGACCCAGACUGAACAGACCGUCACGGAAUCACCCCUACCGAGGGCGGAGCUCAAUCCCACGAGGCUCUCUGUGAAAUCUCCCACCGAGGCCAUAGAGAUGAGGGAGAUCGGCUCUGGGCAGUCCCGAAGAUCUAACCUCUCGAAUGCGUCGAGAGCGCGCAAGUCCCCGAUGUCACGAGCGUCCGUCAUGAACCCUCCGCCGUCGUCCGUAUUUCCUCCGACUGCUCACGCGCAGAACAGAGCAGAGCUCCAACCGCGGAGUCCUUCACAAUGUACGGCGCAGAAUUUGUCGGUGCACCUGGAACCGUAUUGCAACCCACAGGUCACGAACGACGGGAACCACUGGCAGCAGCAGCAGCAGUGUUGCAGCGGUUGUCCGUGCGGACAAGACCCUCCGGCGCGCAGCGGCUUGGAGAAUCCUUACGGAAAUGGCUACCUUCAGGGACAGCAAGUGGUGGGGCCUUAUUACGGCGAACACCACGUCAGUAGCAGUGGUCCGGCCGAUUCCUGUCCGUCCCAUUCGGACGGGGUACAGAGCUGUCACACGUACAUGUUUGCUCCAGUGGCUUCUCCGACGCACGUUCACUGCUCUCAAAACGAUGCCCCACAAAAUGGCGGCUUCUUCGGGCCAGCGGAGCAACAUCACACGUUCGGCUACAACGGUUGUGCAAUUGCGACGUCGCCCUGCGAGGGAAGCUCGGCUGGUCACGCAGGAACGUGUCACAAUGGGGGACCGCAGGACGCAACGGGGUUUGUGUCGCGAUGAGUUUCGCCCUAGAAGGCUGUCUUGAAGUGCCAACAAUGCCUCUACAACAAAAUUUGAGGAACAUGUUUUUGUUUGCAUACACACUUUCGGGUUUUCCCCGGUUUUGGUGCUCUUCGUUGCGGUGCUAACCGCAGGAACGUUGUGCAAUGAGCAUUACGAACAUUUUGUUUACAAUUUCUAGAUUUUUUAACUGUAGGAUCUGUGUUACACAAGUAGUGCAGAGAAUCUAAUUUUAUGUGACACUCGAUGUGCAGGAAAGAUUUUGGGGGUUGCAAGAACUUGUGAUCGAGCAAACCAAACUGUUCAAACACAACAUGAUCUCUUUGUAGCCAACAGUGUGAGGCAUGCGAAUGUUGUUCACAAAUGUAUAUUGUUGCUUUUGUUUUGAGUAUGAAACAGCCUCCUGUCUUUCAUAAAAUUUUUACGUAAAA